AUGGGCAGGCGCGGAUCUCCUAGUCCUCAAAGAAGACCAGUAAUGCCUUCUAGGCCAAUGGCAAAUCGACCAGCGGUCGCUCCACCUCCUCCAGUCGCACCACAACAACCCAGUAUGCUUAAACAAGUAGCCGCUACGGCGGCCGGAGUAGCUGUCGGUUCUGCUGUUGGUCAUGCAGUUGGCAAUGCUCUUACUUCUGGUGGAGGAGGUAGUGCUGCUCCUGAACCAGCUUUUGCUCAGCAACCCCCGGCUUCUCCUGCACAAAAUCAAACUCAGAAUUGGAAUCCUUGCCAAUAUCAAAUCGAUCAGCUCGUCAGUUGCUCUCAGCUUAACUCUGACAUUUCUCAAUGUCAACCAAUUGCCAACGCCUUGAGGGAUUGCCAUCGCAUGUAUAAUCUUCAGUAA